UUUUUGUCGAAUCUAUUUUUGUAAAAGCAUUGACAAUGUUAUUUUUCUGUUUCAACUGUAUCAAAACGAAUGUCUUCUGAAGAAUGCAGCGUAUUUCCUCUUCGAGAAAGUACGCAAAUUGAAGAAAUAAAGUUUUGCAGAAAAAAAGGAGGAGGAGGGGAAAACUGAAUGAGGAAGCAGAUCCUGUGGACACACGAAUAACAGACGAAAGUAUCACGAUAUAAAUCACCAACGUGGACAAGAGCCUACACAUGGAUGAGGCAGUUGUGGAGACCCAUAUUCCUUGUGACCUUGUGAAAGUUCUUGGGGUUGAGCCUCAGAUUCGCUCCAAAGCUGUGGCUUUCACCCAAGCUUUCCUGAAGAAAAACACUGAGCCGCGUCCACAACUUGAUGAAAAAAGUUUGCUGAGUCACAAGGCAGUGAUUUUGGAAUACACCAGGCCUAAGAAAAAGAGGAUCAACAAACAGCAAGCCAAAGGAUUAAAUGCUCAGCAGAAAAGGGAAAUUAAAAUCUUCCAUAUAAAAAGUGAACAUCAGAGGUAUGAACUUUUUUUACCUCUGCAUAAUCUCUGGAAACAAUAUAUCAUUGAUCUCUGCAGUGGAUUGAAGCCAACAAGCAGUCCACAGUCUGUGCAGCAGAAACUAUUGAAGGCGGACUUCCAUGGUGCCAUUAUCACAGUGGUUCGGUCCAAAUGCCCUUCAUAUGUGGGCAUUACAGGAAUUUUGAUCCAGGAGUUCAAACAUGUUUUCAAAAUUAUUACAAAACAGGACACACUCAAAGUCAUCCCGAAAAGGAACAGUGUAUUUCAGGUGGAGAUAAAUGGCUUCAUCUCUUACAUCUACGGAAACAAGUUUGAGCAGCGAGCCAGCGAACGCUCAGCAAAAAAGUUCAAAAUCAGUGGUACCAUUGACUUGUGAAAGCAGGGUAUGUUUAUAUAGUGUGACUCAACCAGUGAGAACUAUUGUAUUUCGUUCAGUGUUAUUUUUUUUUGGGGGGGGGAGCAAGCAUUUUAUGUUUUUUGUUUUUGAACACGAGAAGUAAAUUAUUUUCAAUUAACCUCUUAAAAAAGGAAUUUGCUGUUUUGUAACAAUGAUGCCAUGCUCUCUGUUUUUAUGUCCCCC